AUGCAGUUUCAACUGAUUAGAAGGCUUGGGCAAAGACAAUUCGUCACAAAAAAUGUUGUGAAUGUACUCCGAGACCGUGGCAUUCUAUCGCAGGUUUCGCAACCGGAACCGGCCUUGCUAAGCCGACUUAAUGCCGGUGAGAAGAUAAAAUUGUACUGUGGUGCCGAUCCCACUGCCAAAUCGUUGCAUCUUGGUAAUCUUUUACCCCUGAUGAUACUGCUGAAUUUCUACGUGCGUGGACACGACGUGGUGGCUCUUGUGGGUGGUGCAACGGGCCGAUUGGGUGAUCCAAGUGGCCGGAAAACGGAACGGAAUUUUGUCGCGGAAGAAACUCGACUCGAUAACGUCUCUAGGAUCCAGGCUCAACUGUCAAGAUUCUUUGCGAAUGGGCUUGACUACUACAGGAGUAAGAAUGCCGAUGCGAUUCCAGGAGAAUUGACUUUGGCCAAUAAUUUGGGUUGGUGGAAAGACGUUAAAAUGCUGGACUUCUUGGCCGAUUACGGCAGAUUUAUCAAGAUACAGUCCAUGCUUUCGAGAGAUUCUGUUUCGGCAAGAUUGGGCUCACAACAAGGUCUGGGGUUCAACGAGUUCACGUAUCAGGUCCUCCAGGCCUACGAUUUUUACCACCUCUACAAAAACCACGGAGUCACACUUCAAGUGGGUGGUAGUGACCAAUGGGGCAAUAUAACAGCAGGAAUUGAUUUCAUUAACAGGGUUACCGAUCCCAAUUGUUUGCAACACGCGGGACCCUUCGGUAUAACUACAAACCUUCUCACAACUUCCACUGGCGAGAAGUUCGGUAAAAGCGCUGGAAACGCUGUAUUCAUUGACCCCACCAUCAACAGCUCUUUCAGCGUAUACCAGUUUUUCCUGAAUACGACCGACAGCGACGUCGAAAAGCUUCUCAAGAUAUUUACGUUUCUGUCACUUCAAGAGAUUGGAGCACUACUCGCACAGCAUUUUGAAUCUCCACACAAGCGCGUUGCCCAGAGAACGUUGGCCAAAGAAGCGGUAAAUCUCAUACACGGCAUGGGCACCGGUUCUGCUGCAGAACACGUCUCUGAAAUACUCUUUAGCGACAGCUCAACAUUACCACAGGGCCGGGAGCUGAAAACCAUGUGCGAAAGAGCAGGCGUUUUGCAAAAUUGUUCCCGCAAUGACAGUUUGAUCGAUGUUCUCAUGAAAGUGGCCGAUAUUACAAGAUCAGAGGCAAGAAGACGACUACAACAAAACAGUAUCUACCUGGGACCCAACCGAAAAAACAUCACCACGGAUUUAGACGAUUUGUCCUCAUACUUGAUAGACGAUUCCAUUUUGAUUGUUCGUUUCGGCAAGCAAAAGUGCUUUGUCCUCGAAAUGACGUGA